UAUUUUCUGAGAAUUUGUAUGUAUGCCUAGCUGUUUAUCAUGUUGCCACCCAAUUUGACUGUACCAUAAAGGACCCUUUUCGCAAAUUCGCACUUUGGAAAUGCCGUUCUCUGAUUGGUCGAUGCCCUAAGUACACUGGCCAUUGUCCAGUCCCAUAAAUAGAAAAAAUAUUAUCAUUCUCCUAUCAGUGCGAUAUUUACCAUCGACUGUCGUCAACAGUGUUACAGUGACCUACAGUUUUUAGUACUUGUACAGUGAACAACCUUGUGGAUUUUUUUUGCGGUUAAGACUGGGUUUAUUUGGAUACUUUGAGAAAAUGAUGGAAACACACUACCUCCCUACAUAUCUGCCAAUAAAACAAGAGCUCCCUGACACGGACCCUGUUGUCCUCGACUUGUGCGUAAGGAAAGAACCCCCUGUCACCCCAAUUUACCCCCAUGAUUACAGAAGUAGAUCACCGCCAACUUAUGCUGAUACUUGUACCAGCCCAAACUCGGUUUCUGGAACCUCGGAGGCUUCAGAUUUGUCCAGUUCGGAGAGCAAGGAUGUCAACGCUAACGUGUCCAGUUCUGGCAUCAAGUGUAGCAGACCCUUCAAGGCAUUCCCCAAGGACCUAUCGCCCAUCACGCUGUUAAGCACAUUUCCCACCAGCAUUCUGGGUAAGGACUCUGCAGAAGCGUACGCAGAAUUCCGCCAGAAGAUGCUCAGUCAAGUCCAAUCCCCUCACAAUGGUACAAACAAAAACAUGAGGAGGAGUCAAUUGACCAAUUCCCAUGUCAGCGACCCCACGUACUGGGAGAAGAGGAGGAAAAACAACGAAGCUGCAAAGCGGUCCAGGGAUGCCAGGAGAGCGAAAGAGGAUGAAAUUGCUAUACGGUGUGCGUUUUUAGAACAGGAAAAUAUGCAACUUAAGUUAAGGUUAGCAUCUCUAGAAGCGGAAAUGGAAAGGUUUCAGAGGCAGUUUUAUCAUUAGGCUUUUUAAAAGACAGUGCACUGGUGCACACUUUGUUAGGGAGACGUUGAUUUCGACAGGUUGAUAGGUAAAUAUUGAAGUUAACGACUUUAGGGACUAAAAAUGGGAGGUUGCCUUUAGAGUUUUCCAAGGUUUCGUGCGCUGUUAAGUACAAUGUCUCAUAACAUAUUAUCUACCCCGAUAGCUAGACCAGAUGAAAUCAUUUGUCCACCAGUGAGUAUAAAUCAGAUUUUCGCAACAGUAAUUUUUUUAAAAUACAUAUUUUGAAAAAAGAUCUUUAAAAAACUUCACAGCUUUCAGCCGGAAAAAUAAAAUUCCAAAAAAUGCAGUAAUGUACAAAUUUCGAACACUUCUUUGUCAGACUUUGAUAGAGAUUUUUGUAAUGUUUCUCACAAUCAGUUGAUGAUUAUACACCCUUGAAGGCAAGAAUGGUGAUUACGUUAGAAUACUUCGAUUAAGUUUUACGCAAACUCUUACGUCAAUAAAGUCUGUUUGUCAUCCUGUGGUUGAAAGAGUUUUUCUUCUCUCUCUAAAAGUCGAACCAUUUUUCGGCUAUAAGAAAGAACCUAAUUGUUAUUAGAACUAACUUUUAUUGAUUAUCAUACGUACAAAAUGACGUUAUUUCUGCAUAUCUGGGGUUUAUUUUUAAUUCUAAUCCAUCGAUGUUUUUUCUGAAAUUAUAAAAAAAACUGUCUCCUUUUUUCGCGAGCGACAUCUCGGUCCUUGUUUUGGACCAGCCAUGAAGCAGAUCCCGAAAAAAAAAACUUCACGGAAGCAUUUGUCAACAUUUUUGCUUACUCAAACGGGCUAAGUUGCUUACUUGGUACACGGUUGCUUACUUGGUAAUUUGUCGUCGAAAUGGAAUUAAACGUAUUGGCGGAACCAAUCAUUUUUCCAGACAAACUUUGAUUCAUGCUGAAUUUGAGUCAUGGAUUUAUUGGGGUAGAUAAAAUGUUAUGGAAUCCGCACCGGUAUUACGUAGCUUAAAAGUGACAUUCUAUCAAUUUUUAAUAGUAAUGGUCUCGAUCAUCACAACAAAGCGCUACAGUAAUGACUUUAUUUUACCAUCAAAUUUUUAUUUUCACGUAAGUUAUAUUUUCGUUCUUUCUUUCCAUUUUCCUCUGAUUGUUCAUCAAUUUAGAAAUUUUCUGUCAUAAUUUUCUAUAUUAGUCUUACUUUAACAAGGCCUCUACACCGUUUUCAAACUGGAAGAACACCUCAAGCAACUCUAUCUUCGAAUCUCGGAGAUAUAUAUAUAUAUACAGAGUGUUAAUAAAGUAUGUAGGCAAACUUUAACCGUCGAAUCCUUGGUCAAUUUGAAGACUAAAUAUUCAUAUGAACAAGGGUCCGUAACGGCUUUCUUUUCGAGCUACAGCACUAUCACUAAAGAAAUACGAGUAAUGUUCCAACUAUUUCUAUGAAUAUUGAAACGUAUUUAUUGGACAAAUGGUAUAACCUAUGAUAGAUUGUGCAUAUUUCACUAGUUGCUGAGGCUCAAUAUAAACGUGGAUAAAAAUAGUAUUAACCUGUAUCUUUGGAAAAAAAAUUAUUUAUUUAUUUGAACAGUAACAUUCGAAUAGGACGACAACAAUAGAAAAUAUCGAAUAGUUUUUUUGACAAUAAAUUUUCAAAGAUUUAUUUGAGGAAAUAAAUUAAUUCUGUUGUUUUUGGGUACGUCAUAGGUGUCUAGAUAAGCACAAUGCUUAAAUAUUGAAAGCGUUGCUAUCAAAACAAAUCAGUCAUGCUAUUUUUCGAAAAAUACUGGAUAACAUUAUCCAUAUGUAACAACUGUAAAUCAUGUGAUAUUCACCACAGGGCAUACUUAAUUAAAAUAAAAUACCUACGUUCCACUCUGUUGUAAUUUGUCAGAAGAAUAUCAUCAUUUCUUUUAGUGCUAAUAUGCUCGAACUUGAAAAUAAAGCCGUUGCGGACCCGUGUUCAUAUGGAAAUUGAGCAAGGAUUCGAUAGUUAAAAUUUGCCUAAAUACUUUAUUAACACCCUAUUGGAGUGGCGCCUGCCAUAUCCAGGAAGUUAACGUGGUCAAAACGCGUUUCCACCAUAAACACCUGCAUAGGCAGCGGUGGCCGCAGUGGUAGACUGAGACUCUUUGGUCUCCUGAUCAGAAGCCGUGCGCUGCGCGAGUUCGAAUCCUGUCCCAAGAGAAAUUUUUCUCUUGGCUAUGGAUGUUGUGAUGUGCGUAGGUGGUAGACGGUCUCUGACUGUCGAACGCGGAGGUACCACCCGGCCAGAAUGUGUUCAUGUUGCAUGCAGACGUGUUCCCUCGCCGAAUCCGUGUGGCGUCCCCCCUUUCCCUUAUAGCCCCACGGUACCCCAAGGGUGUUUAGGCCUUAGGCCUUCGUGGAGUAUAAAAAAAAUCCACUCAGGCAGGUGUGGUCAUCAGAGUGUCUGCUAAGAACAAAGUCGCUGCGACAAAUAUGAUUGUGGUCCCAUUAACAACUCGACACUCAGUUCCACGUAUAUACCUUCCAAGAUAUCAGAGAGGGCGUGGACUGGUGAGUUUGGAGCGUCUGCUGGCGAUAUCACCUGUGAUAUGCAUUGUGCAUGAGCAGCAAAUUACUGGUAAAGGAGCUCAUCUUUUUAGAGCACCUAAAGGAGCAGCCGAGCAACUCAGUCUCGUACUUGACUUCCAGCUGGAAUGCGUGCAGUCCAGUAUAGAGCUGGCUCCUUCUCAACUGAAGAUCCUCUUAAAAUUCGCUGAAGCAAAUUAAGGCUUCAUAGAGACAAGCCUAUGCAUGGAAUCUUCUAUAGGUACGUAGAGUAGCAUGGUUUGUCUAAGCAGUUGACCUCCUCAUUUCUAAGGUCUAGUGGGUUAAGGUCUGAGGCUGAGGGUGCUGUACCACCAUUUGAGGCACUCCUGCAGUAGAUGAAGUACUUGUGCUGCCCAAUGCUCCAGGGGAUUUUAUGUCCGAUGUGGAGAACGGCAGAUAGCGGAAUCACUCCUUCCACAUGGCCGAGCUGGUGCAGGCAGAUAAGUCAUCUUCGAUCACGAUCAAAAUUUUCGUCACCAUUUGAAGUAAACAUCGUUUCGAAGGAGGAGGAAAAACAGGCCAAGUGUUAGGAGCCUCUCAAUCGGCUUUGACCAGACCGCAACCUGCUAGUCUGCUAGUUAUGGUUAUUGGAUCCUUGGGUGGGAUGCUUUCUGCAAUAAAAUUGAUAUGUCGAGCAUCAGCAAGCAUCUUAGCUCGAAGAAAGCAGAAAGCGGUCAUCCUCGGUUCCCUCCAUCUACUUAGAGCACACGAUUUGCGAACCAACUAGUUGCUUAUCUCACGUUGUGAGUAGUGGCUAGUUGGCAAUGAACGACAGCUUGGUGUGUCGGAGUCCAGGUCGCCUAUUUUUCUUCUCUCAUAAUAAAGCAAGCACCAAACAUUGAAGUCCAUGAAAUAAUAUUUGAUAUAUCACUUAUACCCUAUUUUACGAGUAUUCAUCACGCUUUGAUGUCUAUUGAGGUGAACAGCUGAUCAGCAAGCUAUAAUCAAUCGGGUGUAAAUCUAGCACACAUUUGUCUGACGCGUUUCGAACUCUUUUCUAAAUAAAAGAGAUUUUAGCAAGUACAAAAUGAAUCUGUAGCAUGUAAAAAAAACAAAACAGAAUAUUGCUCUGUCUACAUGGCAUCGACGGUAUCAUGUAAAAAAACCAUAAAACGUCAAAAAAACCUGUAAGAUGUUAUCUUGCAAACUAGGUAGUUCCAUGUUUGCUCACUUCCUAGUGAGCGUCCAUCUAAGGAGGAAUCGCUCGACUAAACUACACGCAUUAUUGGUUGCAUAUGUUUUGUGAGGCCAAAUGGUCCUUGUCUGUCUCAGAACCAAAGAUUGAUAACAAGCCUCAUGACGUUUAGGCAACACGUACAACUAAGUGCUAAGCUAACAUCUUGUAGAAAAACCUACAUAAUGUCAAACAAAAACAGCAUAAUCGGCAUAAUGUCACUUUUCAAGAUACGUGAUACACGGGCAGAAUGUGAUGGGAAAAUGGCGACCGCUCCAUUAGCGCUCAGACUGAUCAUGAGCGUUCAGCAGAAAAUAUUGCUACAGUAGCUCUAAGUUAUGGUGAUCGGAACCAAUGACGUUGUAUUGAUUUUGUACGUAAUACUCCUGUUGGACCUAUAUAAGGUCUCAAUUUAAUUAGUGCAUUUGGUCUCUAUACAGGAAAUUUAUUUCUAUGUAUUUCUAUCGAUGUUUAAGCUCACAACCUUUGAAAAGUAAAUUGUCAGGUAAAUAUUCUCGUUCAUGGGAAUGGAGCGCUGGGUAGGCAGAUGCAUCAAAUGCUGGUUAUCACUCCAUCAGCAGCCAUUCUAGUCACGCUACAUUCUGAUAAACGUGAAUAUGGCGAUCAUUUAUUACCUGGCAAUAAUUUUUGAUAAUUGCUUCAACAAUCUACCUCUGCACCACUGUAAGGUGUCAAAAAUGUGUGUUUGUGAUUCAUAUCUUGUCAUUAGCGUGUAAGUUCUCUAUUAGCUCGUGUAAGGUUUGUACAUAUAUGUAAAUAUUGUGUAAAUAAAAGUGAAUGGUUGUAAGAUCAGUAAAAUGAUCUACAUUUUAGAUUGAGUGUAAUAAGGAUCCACCAAGAUUGUGUUCAUUUUGUCUAGAUGUAUCCUGUUUUGUGUGACUAUUUAAGACGUAUUCUAAAUAAUUUUAUCUUAGGAUAUACAUAAUGUAUAUUAACUUUAUGGAGGGAAAUAGACUGA